AUGCAAGGUGCUAGGGAUAAGCCGUUUCUGGCAUCCCUGGAUAAGAAUCCUCCUGAGACAUUGGCUGAUUUCAUGACUCGGUCAGAUAAAUGCGUGGAUGCCAAGGAAACACGGAAUUUACGUGAGGCCGCCCAGAACGUGUUGAUGGAAAUCAAGAGUGAAGGAUUUGUCAGUUGGCCGAAUAAGCUUCGGAGUAAUCCAAACUCAUGGAAUAAGGAUAAAUAUUGUCACUACCAUCGCGAUCAUAGCCACGGUAUGAGUGAUUGUUAUCACUUGAAGGAAGAGAUCGAAAGGCUUAUUCGAGAAGGCCGGCUCAGAGAACACGUCGAAAGAACCGGGACAGCGGAAGAAUGCUCGGCUGACAACCGACCCACGGAGGAAAUCCAGACUAUUAUUGGUGGUUCCCGAGGAAGAGGCGACUCAAACAAUGCUCGAAAAAAUCACACCAGGAGCAUCAGUCAACCUGAGUCCGAGAUCCUGAUCAUAGCCCGACCUUCGAAAGAAAAGAAGAGAGAAAAAUACUGUAUCACGUUCACCGAUGAAGAUGCUCGAGGCAUUCACCAUCCUCAUGAUGAUGCUUUAGUCAUUACUCUCACCAUCGCGAACUGA